ACCGCAACCUUUGAAUUUUUCAUACCCUCUCUCUCUCUCUCAACUCCUCUUUCUCUCUUCUCAUUGUCUUCAUAUCAACUGGAGAAAAGCAAAAAAUCAGAAGAGAGAUGUGUCCGUUAAGACUGAUUCUCAUAUUCUUGUCGGCGACUCUAGCUGGGUUCUUUGUUCUCAAGAAGCUCAACACUUCCUACGAUGAUCCUCUCGCCGACCCUCUCACCGAAGCUGAUCCCGUCGACGCUGACUCUGACUCCAAAUUCUCAAAGGUGGGAAUUGCAAUGAAGUCUGGAUUUUGGACAUGCGUUGACAUGGCAAGUGGCCGCUAUCUCUGGAAUCAUCUCUGUUCCAAUUCCGACAAGUCUUCUUGAGUUCUCUUUUCUCUUAAUCUCCAUUGUCCUGUAAUUGUCUAAUUGUUGCAAUGGACAACCGCCAAUAUCGCAUAUUGUCUGUCUCUGUACUAUAAUUAUAGAUCUCGUCUUCACCACCAAAAUCUCAAUAAAUUCGAGUCUUCUACCUCUCUUGUGUUGAUUCUCAAGUGUGUUUUUGGACAAAGCUAGUUACUUUUUCCUGUUAUAAUAUGUAAGAGCAAGCAAUUAAAAAGGACUUUAUUAUAUGCAGGAUUCUUCCUUUC